UAAUCGAAUGUUUGAAAGACGUUGAAGAGAACAAGUAUUAGUUGCCUCGGUGUCCUAAUCAUUGAGACAUUUGCUCCGGGAAUAUUCAGAGUUUCUAUAGAACACUCAGUGGUACAUGUUGUUCAUAUCGCUCAGGCCAGGUUCCAGUGUGGCAAUCCUUGGGCUCAGGCCAGGUUCCAGUGUGGCAAUCCUUGCGCUCAGGCCAGGUUCCAGUGUGGCAAUCCUUGCGCUCAGGCCAGGUUCCAGUGUGGCAAUCCUUGCGCUCAGGCCAGGUUCCAGUGUGGCAAUCCUUGCGCUCAGGCCAGGUUCCAGUGUGGCAAUCCUUGGGCUCAGGCCAGGUUCCAGUGUGGCAAUCCUUGCGCUCAGGCCAGGUUCCAGUGUGGUAAUCCUUGCGCUCAGGUCAGGUUCCAGUGUGGCAAUCCUUGGGCUCAGGUCAGGUUCCAGUGUGGCAAUCCUUGGGCUGCUUGUUGUAGUUUUCAAGCUAACGCCAGCAACGGAAAACCCAUGAGUGGAUAGUUUGCAGUCGACUAGUCACUACUGCCAGUACUGGUCUGUAGGUCGUCUUCGGGUGUGGUGACGUGUGUGGAGAGUAUUGGAGGACGGGUACCGGGUAGUGAUUGCUUCCCAAUCUACCAGGCAGCACCUGCUGCUGCUGCUGCUAGCGCUGCUGCUGCUGUAAUUCCUAUUAUCUGUUACCCAGAGCUUGGAACGUAGCUGUGUCACUGUGUAUCGUGAGUAGUUACACUCCACACCAGACCAUUGCACAUUCUUGCCGGCGAUUUGUUCCAGUCGUCAGCAGUUCACCGUGUAAUAUGGAAGGUGAACGCUACGCUUUCCUCGUGGAGUGGUAUGAUUCGCUAGCGGGCAUAGUGCGACGCUACAACUUCCUCUUCUAUCCUAAAGAUAACAGCGUGGAAAUGAUUGAUGUGAAAAACAAGCGCAUAUUCCUGAAACGUACCAAGGAGGAGUCUAUCAGGCUGGAUCAGUGCUACAUUGGUUCAUCAGUUAAUCUACAUGGUCGACAGCUGAAGUUUGUAGAGUACUCUGACACUUUCACCAAGACUAAACUCUCCAUGGCGAAAGAAAAGACUGUGGUGAUAUUCAAGCCGGACAUCAUGGAAAAAAUGCCUCUCCUGCUUGAGAUUCUCUGCACUGAAGGAUUUCAGAUCUGUGAUAUGAAGACAGUGGUGUUGAGCAAGUCUGCGGCUGAAGAGUUUUAUCGCGAGCAUAGUGCUAAACCAUUUUUCAGAACUCUGGUAUCGUUCAUGACGGAAGGACCAAUCAUGGCGCUCAGCUUACUAGCCGACAAUGCCGUCAGCAGAUGGAGAGCACUUAUUGGACCAACAAACUCGGCUGAUGCCAGGUCUCAAGCUCCGGAUAGUCUCAGAGCAAGGUUUGGCACAGAUCAAACUCGCAAUGCCUGUCAUGGAUCAGAUUCACUAGCAUCGGCUGAAAGAGAGACGGAGUUUUUCUUUGGAGCAGGCAGCAGCAGCAGCCGUGGUCUUCAAAUCCCGGCAGAGUUUGACAACUGCACAUUGUGUUUGGUCAAGCCAUACACAAUGACCCAAGGUCUGCUUGGGAGAGUAGCUCGUGAUAUUGUGCAGGCUGGUUUUGACAUCUCUGCCAUGCAAAUGUACCAUUUGGACAAGAGCACAGCAGAGGAGUUCUUGGAAGUCUACAGAGGUGUCGUUGCCGAAUAUCCGGAGAUGGUAUCUGAGUUGUGCUCAGGAGCAUGCGUUGCCAUGGCAUUAACUCAUCAACAUGGCGGUGCUUGUGUAGAGCAGUUCAGACAGUUUGUUGGACCAGCAGAUCCAGAGAUAGCUCGUCACUUGCGUCCCAGCACGUUGCGUGCAAAAUAUGGACACAAUAAAUUGAAGAAUGCUGUUCACUGCACGGACCUAGCUGAUGACGGUAUGCUGGAGGUUGAGUACUUCUUCAAGAUUCUCCAGUAACUACGGAAACAGACUAGACUUCAGUGACGGUCACAGCGCAUCCUCAGUAAUUGGCGUCACAAUGUAUUUUCAUUGAUGUGUCUUCUGUAACCGCUGGAAUGGAUAUUCAGCCGCUGGUGCAGCAAUGUGUUGAGAGAUGCAAAGGCGAGGUUUGAUGAGCUGAUUUCGAUGUGAUAUUAAUCCUGAAACAUAAUGCAAUGCCAUAGUAAAUGACUGUCGGCGAAUUCAUUCCUUUUCGCUUUCAUUAUAAGAAGAGAAUUUAUCUUUCUGUUUGAACCACACAUA